ACGUGUGAAAAGCAGAUUACACUGAAAGAGGCCCUACCGGCACACCCGUCCUGUCCGUGUCCUUCUUCACCGGAUUACGUAUCACCUGUUCCCAUACUGGGGGGUGUGAGCGCUGAUAGCCCACUGCCAAAGUACCUCCGUCCUAACAGUGGUCUCGUCCGGUGUCCUCUCUUAGUCUAGAGCUCUGGCCUCCCACGGUGACAGCCACCAUGGUGAAUAUUGUCGCGUACAUCCGGGAGGCGUGGACCUACGCACUGCUGCCCGCAGGAGCCGCCCUCGGAUACUAUCUGGAUAAAUGGAAUGAUUCCAAGCUGAUGCUUUACAAGAAUAAGAGCAAACUCUUCCAGAGGGAACUGAAACCCAAUGAAGAGGCCUGGAAGUAAAGCAAGGAGGCGGCUGAGCCAACCAUUUUUGUUUUUCCAUAUUUUUUGGAAGUCGAGAGCUUCAAGUGCGGAACACGUUGUAUGUGUAAUAAAUACUAUUUGGAUUAAAUUAUAUUUACAGCCA